AGGGCAAACCCCGGUCAUUCACUCCUUUUAUUUUUGGUUUUCUUUUUUUCCUCUGACUUGCGUGACCAGGUACGAAGAAACUACCAACGAGCUCAUUAACGAGGAGCUGGGCAUUGCGUACCCCGUCAUCGACGGCAUCCCCAACAUGAUCCCUGAGGCUGCCAGGAAGACGCAGACGGAGCCCCCAGCUGAGGGCUCGCAGCAGCCCUGA